AUGAACGGACUACCGGAUUUUGACAGAAGCGCCGUUCCUCAGAGGAGGCCGAAAGAGAACAAGAUGAAAGAUGGAAAGGGCAACUACGAAAAGUUGAGGAAUCUCAACCCCACGGACAAAUGGCAUAGCAGUCAGUUCAAAAGGCCCAAGAAACAG